AUGAUACAAAAGGAAAAGCCAGCCCAAGGCGGUUUAGCCUCCACUUGGCGGAACACAGCAGAGAAGCAGAAGGAUGCCUCAGAGACUAUGACCUGUUCUGGCGAGGCGAAGCUGGCCAGAGAUGCCGAGUUAUCGCCAUGGGGCCGGGGUGGCUGGCUAGUUAUAACUCUACGGACGGCCAAUAUAUUGGCCGGACAACUAGGUACGCUGAGUCAGAUAAGGCUGGGAGGACUCGCAGUGAUUUAUAGAUCCAACAUUUCUCCAGAAACCAAUACUGUUAAGCAAGCCAAAGGAACGGAACUUGUAAUGCGUUUCCAAGUCCUAGCAUUUUGGACCUUGAUAAUAUUGGUGCCUGUUUGGACGCUGCCAAUUACGAUGAACUGGUUUACUUCACGCUCAGUAUCAAAUCACACAGAACAAACCGAGGAUUUCAUCAGUCCCCCUCGACUCGAUCCUCAACCAAGACAUCGGCUCGAGUUCGUCCGAACUGGUGCCUUGGUCAAAGCCUGGCCUUCAAGGGAUCCCACGUAUCCAAAGAGAUGCGGAGGGGGAAAAUGGAUGAAGCUCGCAACCAUUCCAGAGCUCGACUUUCUCGGGCUCGAUCGUUUCCAGCAGAUUGAAGCGUCAACUGAUAAGGCCGAGGAGGAUGUCUUUGCGGAGAAGAUGCGUUUAAUCGGCGCAAGCUGGCAGGCAGAUUAUCCAGAUCAUCACACCGUGGACUUCGAGGAGACGGAAAAAGUGGCCUUGUAUGGAUGGCCUUCCGCCGGCGGGUUAUGGGUUUAUCCAUAUGAUGGCUAUGACCCUGUUAAGAUCCGUACCUUCAACAAGCUCUCUGGGAUGUUGAAGUUGGCCGUCACUAUGGAUGAGCAGUCUCGGCUUUUGAAAGACCAUGGCGCGCAGUUUUAUGAAGAUCCAAAAGAAUAUCCUCCGUUUGCUAACCUGAAGGCUCUCAGGGGAAGGGACCACUCUAUAUCUCAAACUGCAUCAGGGAUUCAAAGGUCCUCAGCAAAUCGAUCUCCCACACUCUCCGGUCUAUCUUACUCGUCACUAGUCAUGUUUGACCAAGAAUCCCCAUCACUCUUUAAAAUAGACUGGCGGGCCGUCCCGCUGCCAAACUGUAUUACCCCUACAUAUAAUCAUUUAUUAAGUUGUCCCUUAUACAAUGCUGUUAUAGCUCGCACAAGAUAG